CCCACUGGAGUCCUCUGAUGAUCCCCAGGAAAGGCCAUGGUCUCAUCAUGCCAUGGAGAUGGGUUUUCUUAGGAUCCAACUGACAUGUUUGCUCCCACACACAAUUUAAGAUUUGGUCCUGUCCCCAAGGGAUAUGGAGAAUAGAUUAUGUCCUUCCUUUACACAUCCACCUCUUGCAUGCUUGAAAAUUGUUCCUGCAGUUUCCCCUUGGUUGGCUGCUCCUCACAGGGAUGGCCCCGCUCCUCUGGUUGGCCCCAGUGGGGCUGUGCAGCUCCGCAGCCUUCCCACCCUGCCUAGCACCGUGCUGAGCCAGCAGGUGACUUCCCACAUCUUGCAAAGGGCCUGCCGUGUUCAACCAGCCUGUCACAACACGUGCUACAGGGGUGAUUCCCUUGUGCCUGUCCCUCAUGGAUCACCUGGGCUCUGUGCUGACCCUCCCACAGGAGUGCCUGUCCCGGGCUGUGCUCCCUCAGCUGCACUGCUGCUGUUUGUUACACUGACACUGGGUGGGCUUCACCUCUCUUGGCUUCAGCUUGCUCAGCCCUGGGCAUGACAUCCAGCUGCCCAACUAUCCAUCUUCUGUAGUCCCAUGAGAAGCAAGAGCAGCUCCUGCAGAGCCCGGUAACCCAGCCAGAGGCAGGAGCAUUUGCAUUUGCCCUUCUGGGCAAGAGUCUUUUAUCCCCAGAAGGUCUUUGAACCCUGUCAACACCAUUCUGAUUUUCCCUUCUGGCCUCCAGUGCUCUUUGGUGUUAACUGCAACUGUUAGUGAACAGCCUCUCUGCCCCACCCCCGAGGUCCCCAGUGAACCAGUGAUAGGGACUGGCCCUCACAGACAGCCUGACGUGUGCCACUGCCCUUGCACUUCCUCUGCUCCCGGCUGGGAACGGUGUCCGAGGCAGUGUCAUUAGUCCUGCUCACAUCAAGGCCUUUCUCCUUUUUGCUUCCCUGAUGGCACAGCCCAGUAGCCAAAUGGAAAAGGAAGUGGGGCUGAUUUGACAAAAUUUGGCUGUGGCAGAUUGGUGCCAGCUACUCAGCGCCUGCAGUGCUGGCCCCAGCUGCUGGGCAAGGAGAGGCCAACUCGGCCUUGGCAUGGUGGGGACACAUGUAUAAGUGGGUUCUUGUGCCCUGGCUGGUGCCCCCCAGGCUGUGCCACUGUGCUGUGCCCUGGCAGGGUGGGAGACCCUCCGGCCACUUGUGCCAGGCAGCAGUGGUGGAUUGGCAUGAGGCUAAGCGUGACUAUGGGACCCCCCCAUGGUGGCCCUGCUCCUGCACCAGCACCACCAGCAACUGUGCGGGCUCUGCCAGUGCCCCCCGUGCCUGCAGCUCCCCUCCCGGCACAGCCACGGGGCCGGGGGCAGAGCAGACCCAGGGCACGCCAGACUCCAGGUGGCACAGGACAGGGCGGAGCCAGAGCAGUGUUCCAUGUCCCAUGCUCCCAUAUGGCAGCAGCCCCCGACAGCCUGCCCUGCCCCACGCAGGGGCCUCCCUGGUUUCUCCGGGGUUGUUUUUCUUCCAACCCAGGCCCCCAGCGUGCCGGUAGCCACGAGGGCAGGACAUGCCGCCUAUCUGAUAGGAGCAGCCUCCCUUGGCACCGCGGCUGGCGGCAGAGGGGCUGCGGCAUGGUGGUUUCGGGCACAGGGAAGUGCUGGCGAUGAGGUGGGGGGAGCCCCCAGUCAGGCUUCCUGAGCUGCACAACCACCACUUCCCAGAUAAAAAGUAUCGCCUGGAGGAGCCACAGCAGCUCCCAGGGCGCUGGGAACGGCCCCGGCACGGGGGUUGCAGGAUGGCAGCCUGCCUGUGCUGGGGCUGGCUGCUCUCACUGAUCCCGGCCAUCCUGCUCAGCCUCUGCAGCCCAUCGCCAGACCCCGAGCCAGUGACAUCCCAAGAUGCUGCACUGCUGGCAGGGGUGUCCGAGGACAUCCUCUGUUUCUCCCGCUCCUUCGAGGACCUCACCUGCUUCUGGAACGAGGAGGAGGAGGCAACAAGUGGGAUGUGCCACUUCUACUACUGGUAUAGCAGGGAUACGCCCACAGCAUGCGUGGUCUCCACAUGGCACCGAGGGGCUGGCGGGAAGCGACACGUCUGCGUCUUCCCCAGCCAGGACGUGCGGCUCUUCACCCAGCUCCACCUCCGCGUCCUGGAUGCCACCACAAACCAGACAAAGUACUGGCGGGAGCUCAGCGUGGACGCAGUGGGUCUCAUCGCCCCUCCAGCGAACAUCACGGCCCGCUGGGCUGGGGCUGCAGGGCAGCUCUGCGUGUCGUGGCAGCCACCACUCACCGACUACCCAAACUUCUUCCUCUACGAGGUGCAGUGCCACCCUGCCAGCUCCUCAGGGAUGCCCUGCAGCACCACAUGGAACCCCAGUGGGGAGCACCCUGGGGACCCCUCCAUCCAGUCAACUGUCAGCACCCAAACACCCAGGGCCAGGGCAGCCACAGCCUCCCCAGGAGUGGGGCAGGGGCUGGUCCAGGCCAACACCUGGGUGGUGCUUCAGGACCUGCAGCCAGGGGUGAGGUACCACAUCCAGGUGCGCAGCAAGCCCGACGGCACCUCCAUGGAUGGCGUCUGGGGGCCCUGGUCGCAGGCAGUGGCUGCGGAGACACCUCGCUCCUCCGGAGACAUCGGGCUGUGCUGCAGCACCCCCGACCUGCAGAAUGUGCGCUGCGAGUGGACCUGGGACCCCGCAGAGCCCCGCAGCUCCCACCAGCUCUUCUACCGGCCACCUCCAAGCGGGGCUGGCACAAGGGAAGCUGCAUGGCAGCAGUGCGAGGAGGUGAGCAUGGGGGCACAAGGCACCCACACCUGCACCUUCCAGCCCAGGGCUGGCAGUGCCAUCUCUGUCCUGGUGAACAUCACCCAGACCCAGAUGCUGCCCACGCUCAGCUUCUUCAAGGAGCCCUUCUGGCUGCACAAGGCUGUGCUCACAGACGCCCCACAGCUCGUGCAGGCGACAGUGUCGCAGGGCCGUCUGAGCCUGCAGUGGCUCCCGCCCCUGGAGGUGCUGGCAGAGCAGCUGGACUACCAGGUCCGCUACGCCGUGGAGAACAGCCAUGACUGGAAGGUCCUGCAGGUUCCACGGGCAGCCAGGAAAGAAGUCCUGGACCUCCGGCCAGGCAGCCGCUACCAGGCCCAGGUGCGGGCCCAGCCCGGCGGGCCGUGGUACCGGGGCAGCUGGAGCGCCUGGUCCGAGCCUGUUGUGGUUGAUGCCAUGGCCGAUGCGGGUAAGGGACAGGGCGGGGGGGGGGGCUGCAGCCAGAGGAGCCACACGGGGCAGGAGAUGGACAUGGGAACGGGGGGCACCGGGCACAGGGUGACAGGGCUGCGAAGGGCUCAGAGGUGGCGGGUCUGGGAAGGGCUACAGCCCCAGCGUUCCUCCCCCGAUGCAGGCUGGAUCAUCCCCAGCGUUACGGUGGUGCCGCUGCUCUUCACAGCGGUGCUCCUGGGGCUGCGGUGCACCUUCCCCUCCCUCUACAGCAACGUGAAGCAGAAACUCUGGCCGCCCGUCCCUGACCUGCACCGUGCCCUGGGCAGCUUCCUCCAGGAGAGCAGCAAGCACGGCCAGGCCAGCGCCUUCGAGAAGCAGCCGCCGGAAGAAGCCGUGCUGCCCUGCCUGUUGGAGGUGCUGCCGGGCCCGCGGGGCGAGGCGAGCCCACCGCCGGAGCACGCUGGAGGCCGCCUGCCCAGCACCGACAUCGCCAACCAGUCCUACCUGCUCACGAGCGGCUGGGAGCCGCGGGGGGCCACGACCGCCCCCGCCCCGCAAUAAACGCGCGUCCCUACACAAACAACCCGCCUGCUGCUCCUUCGUCGCCCCGCCCCCAAGUCCGUUUGCCCCGCCCCCUGAGCACGAUGGCCCCGCCACCGCUGUGCGGGAUGGCCCCGCCCCCUGCACCCGCCCCCAACGGCUCAGCCAA